GGAUCAGCAGCGGGGUAACGUUGGCUCUAUGCAAUGCAUCUUGGGAUAUGUAGUGCACUUGGUCCUUGGGUCCAACAACUACAGAAUCAGAAAGCCUCGGUUUCCCGGCAAGCUUCACGGUGGCGGCGUCAAUGCUCGUGCCGCUACCAGGGAAACGUAGUUCUACAGCCUCCGUCGCCGGUUGUUUCCGCGAGAGACGAACUCAGUUUCCCACGUGGCGCUGCGGCAGCCAGUCCGAGGUCGGACUUUCCCGGCCUACAGGAGGGUUUGAACUGGGCAGUAGUCGCUGGCACAGGUUCGGAGUGAUGGUACCUGUGUCUUGGGUCUGGGAAGGUUUCGACCAAGAGUCGGCACUCUCAAUUCCCACCUGAUAAUUGAGUAUCAAAGCAUCCCGCUUUCCCCCUAGAGUCCCCAAGCGCUGCUCUCCUGACCAGUCCCAGUUUGGCUUGAUAACUGCAUCCCUCCCUACCUUUAGUAUUACAUCCCCACUCCCCACUUUCGAUCUGAAGUGUGGCCUUACUGGGCUGUGUCUCUGGUGUUCCGGGCUGGAAGAGUAAAGGCACAAGACGUCAGGGAGCCUUGCGGAAGGUUAUGAGUAGGAGCCUGAGCUGGUCUGAGCACCUCGACGUGCUUCUCAAUGCUACUGAUGGAAAUGUGGCCAGGAUUAAGCAGCGGCUGUAUCCUCUUGGAGUCUCCACAGCGGCAGGAGAUUUGGCUGGGACCUGGAUUUCCCCUCAUCACUUGCCUCCUCAGUCUGGAGUCCAUGCUCAACAGCCUUGGGCUCUAGAGACUCCCUUUGUCCCAGAGAGGCUGAGUUGGGGUAAGGCCCAUGGUGCAUCUUCUCUCUGGGAUGAAGUUAUUAUUCUCCAAUCCCAGCUUCAAUCCCAGGCUCAGGUGACUGAGACACUAAGACAGGCUGUGCAGGGGCUGUUGGAAGAGCAAGAGCAGCAGAAGUAUAAGAUCUGUACCCUGGAAGCAUCACUAAGGUUGCUGCAGGGGAGCCCAGAGCAGAGGGUCCUUCUGCUGGAUCAAUGCCUGGAGGGGCUGAGAAGGGAACUGCAGGGCCUUCGAAGCCAGGUGCAGGAACAGGCCCAAGCCCAAAUACAAACAGGACCACAAAAACGUAGUGCUACUGGUGGCCUUCACCAAGAGCUGCAGAAUGAGUGUCAACUCCUGUGGGAGGAAUCAGAGAUUCUUCAGGAGGAGCUGAAAUUGCUGCAGGACCAGCUGAUUUUCAGCACCAGGCUGGGUACAAGGCCAGGAGGAGAAAAGAAAGAAGUUGGAGAACAGCUCUCUUACAUUUUUCUCUCAUUGAAGGCCAGCACCAGGAGCUGCUGCUGAAACAGAUGGCUGAAGGGGGGCAAGCUCAGGCCCACAGCUGGAAGAUCUCCAGAAGAGCACACUUUCUAACCUGGAGCCCAGCAGCUUUCAGCUUUAGGCCCAGAGCCUUGAGCAGGAGAACAUAUUCUUUAAGGGCCCCACAAUGUUCCUGAGUGACCUGUAAGAACGUGUAAGAGUAGCUUUGCUCACCUUCCCCUUCAAGCCCCUGUUUCUGGGCCCCAUGUCCCUCCUUUCUAGAUCUAGCUGGUAUCUGCCCUCUUACUGAGGCUUGUCACUGCCUGCCCACCAGGCAAUAAUUACAAUAAAUGUUUUAACUCUU